AUGGUGCUGUCUUUCAUCCUGAUCCAGAAUCGGCAAGGCAAGACCCGUCUAGCGAAAUGGUACGCUCCAUACAGCGAUGAAGAGAAAAUCAAGCUCAAGGGCGAGGUCCACCGCCUCAUCGCUCCUCGGGACCAAAAGCAUCAGUCCAACUUCGUCGAAUUCCGCUCUCUGAAGAUAGUCUACCGGCGCUACGCCGGUCUCUUCUUCUGCGUCUGCGUGGACGCCAACGACAACGAGCUGGCGUAUCUGGAAGCAAUACAUUUCUUCGUCGAGGUGCUGGAUAGUUUCUUUGGCAACGUGUGUGAGCUGGAUUUGGUCUUCAACUUCUACAAGGUCUACGCGAUACUAGAUGAAGUGUUCCUGGCUGGUGAGAUUGAGGAGACGAGCAAGCAGGUUGUGCUGACGAGGUUGGAACAUUUGGACAAGCUGGAGUGA